CGCAAAAAAGUGGGACAACAAUAGCGGCUUGAAUAAUUCUUCUUUUCGCACACCUGAUUGUUCUGUUCUCCUUCUUCUUCUUCUUCUUCGAUCUUGAUUGAACUUUUUAACUCUCAACUACUUUUCUUAUUUUAUCACAACUUUCCUUUUUGCUUAUUUGUUUGUGAAUGCUAUUACGACGACGCUUCUGGUCAAUUCCAGCUACAAUUGCUGUUGCGUGGAUACUCGCUGCGUCUACCGUUGUUGGCAUCGUUUCCGCCAUCGCCGUUGCCAAUGAUGCGAGCGACUCCACUAUUACACUGACUCUACUUCGUAACCAACCUGUCCUGACACAACAUCGUCGUCGUGCGCUUCUUGGAAAGCGCCAAACAACGGGAUCAGUCGAGACAGCUGCUUUGCAAAAUAUGUACGGGCGCGAGUACAGUGUCGAGAUGGGAUUUGGUACACCGCCUCAGCUCUUUAACGUCACUAUUGAUACUGGAAGCUCUACCCUUUGGAUCGCUUCUACCGAAUGUCCUCAGAAUCUAUGUCCCGGGAAACGAUACGAUCCAGAUCAGUCCUCAACAUACAAAGCCAAGCUUGGAAAUAUUCAUUUGUCGUAUGCCCAAGGCUUUGCCCGUGGACAAGCAGCCACCGAGACAGUAACCAUUGGCGAGAAUUUAGCGGUGGUAGACCAAACCUUUGCAAAAGUCGAGAGCACUCGCGCAGUUCUCACCAAUGCAAUCGACAAUCCUAGCAGCGGUAUCCUUGGUCUUGGAUUUCCUGCACUUGCAGAAGCCACAGGCGGAAUCUAUAGUGGCGAACCAUUCGUAUUCAACCUCAUCAAGAACAAUUUGAUCGCAUCACCGGUAUUCUCAGUCUACAUGAAUAGCCAGUACCAAUAUGGUUACACCGGAAAUGCAGAAAUGACAUUCGGUGGUAUUGACGAAUCCAAAUUCACUGGGCAGCUUCAAUACACGGCGGUCCAAAAGUACACAAUACCCGUGGCCGGCAUCAGCGAUGAAUAUCUCUAUUGGGCCGUUCAAGGCGCUGGUGUUAGUGCAACAUCUUCUGCCCAAGGCACGAAUGAUUACACAUACGACAUAAGCGAUAAUUUUGUAUUUGAUACUGGUAGUACUGCUUCAUAUGCACCUCCAGAUGUGGUGCGUGGUAUUGUUGAAUCACUCACAACAACGGCCACUUACAACACCGAAGACCAGCUCUACUUGGUGGACUGCAACAUGUACAAUGACGAGAAUGCCGAGGUGACUUUCCGAUUGGCCGACGGGAUCAAUUUGACAGUACAUGUACGUGAACUGAUUAUUCCCAACGAAACACUCGAUCCACGCGACGCGGAACUGUGUGUUUUUGGUAUCCUUCCAAUGGAAGUAUCACCCAGUGGCUAUGUCUCGUAUAUACUCGGCCAAACUGUGAUGCGUUCAUUCUAUACUGUCCACGAUGCUGGCAAUUAUCGUAUGGGCUUUGCGCCGGCUGUCAUGUCGCCCAUGUCGAAUGAUUCGUUAAACAAGACUAGACCAACGCCUUCUGACGAUGGUUAUUGGCGACCUCUGGACCCAUCAGGCUCAGUGAACGGCAAUGACGGUUUUGGACCUUAUAGCGCCUCAUCGACUCUCGGCCUUGAUCACAUGGCCUCGCUAGUACUGGUGAUGCUUGUGACUUUCAAUGUUGUUCUACUGUGAUUAUCUCUAUAGCAAAGAUUCUAUGUAAUAAAGUGUAUAUUUAACUUUCUUCAUAUUUGUAUGGA